AUGGGUGCUAGGAUUGUUGAAAUCAUUGGUGCCUCUCAGUUGGUAAUCAAGCAGUUAGCUAAAGAGUACCGCUGUUAUCCCAAUUCCGUACUCUUUCUGCUCUUUGUUGGCUCUGACUAUUAUCUCCCAUUUGUCGGAUACAAAUCCAAUAUAGUUUCCAGAAAAAUUACACCUAGUAGAGGAAUCUGGGCUUGGCUUAUUCAACUUGGUGACGGCAAAGGCAGUCACUCGAUUGAAGCAGUUCCUUUGAUGAGAGCUUUAUCAGAAGCCAAAGCCUAUGCACCAAAGGACCAGGUUCUCCAUGGUAGACUUUUAUCACCUUAUAUCUUGAAAGAACUCAUUCAGACAAUAGAAAAGCAAGUCAUGUUGAACGAAGCAAUGGGUUUCUCUGAUUUAACCCAAUUGCAUCAGCUACUCUCGGGUUCCUCCACAGACUCAGAACUUUUGCAAGAAGACACCACACAGCUUUUGUGGGCAGGGAAGGAGCUCAUGAAGAGUAAAAGAUUAUGUGAUUAUGUUGGUGACAAUGAGAGAACUAAGAUCAUACUCAGAUUGCAGCCAUCUUGCAUGAGCUCUGCAUGAUGCUUGUAACCAUGAAGGCAGGUGAGCUGAAAGAGCAAAACCACUCAAUUACAGUUGCACUUCUCUUGGUAGUUGGC